AUGAAAGACAUUUUACACCUAGAUGAACAUCAAGGAACACAUCCUGAGGAGAUCCCCUACACAUGUGGAGCAUGUGGAAGAGGGUUUUGGUUCAAUGUAAACUUCUUCCAGCACCAGAAGGAGCCCAGUGGAGAGAAGCCCUUCAGAUGGGACAAGGACAGGGACUUGUUUGUGAAGAGCUCUAUAGUGUACCUGUCAGAGAAGCCCUUCACUUGCAGGGAAGGUGGUAAGGAUGUCUCAGACAGCCAUGACCUCCUCCAGCACCCAGCCAUCAACAGCAGCGGGAAGUCACAUAGGAACACAGAGUGCAGGGAGGCCUUCCCACACAGUUCCAGCCUUGAGCAGCUCCUAAAAGUCCAUACCACACAUAAGCUCCUCAAGUGCAAUGACUGUGGCAAAGCCUUCCAGGAGAUCUCAGCCUUCCUCAACCACCUGAGAAUGCACUCUGAAGAGACACCAUUUAGAUGCCCAACACUUAGAAUUCACACAGGAGAAAGGCCCUACAAGUGGAGUGCAUGUGGGAAAGCCUUUAAUAACAGGUCACACCUCAUUCAGCAUGAAAAAGUUCACAAUGGAGAAAGACCUUUCAAGUGCAGUGAGUGUGGAAGAGCUUUUAAAAAAAACUCCGAACUUGCUAAGCACCAGAGAGUUCACAAUGGAGAGCGGCCUUUUGAAUGUAGAGAAUGUGGAAGAGACUUCAGGCAAAGCUCCCAUCUCCUUCGCCAUCAGAAAGUUCACACUGGAGAGCGGCCUUUUGAAUGCAGUAAAUGUGGGAAAGCCUUCAGUGAUAGCACCACCCUCAUUCAGCACCAGAAAGUACACACUGGGCAAAGGCCUUAUGAGUGCAGCAAAUGUAGCAAAACCUUCAGCCGCAGUUCCAGCCUGAUUCAGCACUGGAGGAUUCACACUGGAGAAAGGCCUUUUGAGUGCAGUGAGUAUGGAAGAGCUUUUAACAAAAAAUCCAAUCUUGCUCAGCACCAGAGGGUUCACAGUGGAGAGCGGCCUUUUGAAUGUAGCGAAUGUGGAAGAGACUUCAGGCAAAGCUCCCACCUCCUUCGACAUCAGAAAGUUCACACUGGAGAGCGGCCUUUUGAAUGUAGUGAAUGUGGGAAAGCCUUCAGCAAUAAUACCACCCUCAUUCAGCACCAGACAGUACACACUGAGCAAAAGCCUUAUGAAUGCAGCAAGUGUAGGAAAACCUUCAGCCGCAGUUCCAGCCUGAUUCAACACUGGAGGAUUCACACUGGAGAAAGGCCUUUCGAGUGUAGUAAGUGUGGAACAGCUUUUAACAAAAGCUCCAAUCUUGCUCAGCACCAGAGAAUUCACAGUGGAGAGCGGCCUUUUGAAUGUAGUGAGUGUGGAAGAGACUUCAGGCAAAGCUCCCACCUCCUUCGACAUCAGAAAGUUCACACUGGAGCACAGCCUUUCGAAUCUACAAAGGCCUUCAGAUACAGCACCACCCUCAUUCAGCACCAGAAAGUACACACUGGGCAAAGGCCUUAUGUGUGCAGCAAAUGUAGGAAAGCCUUCAGCUGCAGUUCCAGCCUGAUUCAGCACUGGAGGAUUCACACAGGAGAAAGGCCUUAUGACUGCAGUGAAUGUGGGAAGGCCUUUGCUCACAGUUCCAGUCUCAUUAAACACCGGAGAAUUCACACAAAGGAAAGGCCAUAUGAGUGCCAUGAAUGUGGGAAAUUCUUUAGCCAAAACUCCAUUCUCAUUAAACAUCAGAAAGUUCACACUGGAGAAAGGCCUUAUGGGUGCAGUGAAUGUGGGAAAUUCUUUAGCCAAAAGUACAGCCUCAUUUAUCACUGGAGAGUUCACACUGGAGAAAGGCCUUUUGAGUGCAGUGAGUGCAGGAAAGCCUUCAGCAGCAACUCUCACCUGGUUCAUCACCAAAGAGUUCACACACAAGAAAGGACCUACGAGUGCAGUCAAAGUGGGAAAGCUUUUAGUGAAAGGUCCACACUUGUUCCACACCAGGUAGUUCUCAGCAGAGAAAGGACUUAUGAGUGCAGAGGGUUUGUAUCCAGCCUGACAUUGAGGCAUGGAGGACACAGAAAGGGAGAAAAUAACUCUUUAACAGGGCAGUGA